GAGCGUGAUCACGUGAUAGUCCGGAAGUAUUUCAUUGAUUAGAAAGGAUAAAUGCAUGCGAAUUGUAUACUCGAGGGAAACAGUCACGAUAUAUACCAUUUAAAGGGUUAUUUUCAAGAUGGAAGUGAACCUUGCCAGUGGUGUAUCGUGUACUAAGGUUGUAGAAUGGCUAGAAGACCGAGCAAGCUGUCGAGAAUGUGUUCUGAUGUUGGACUGUCGUCCCUUCAUGGCGUUCAACGAUGGGCACAUAAGAAAUUCGUUGAACGUGCACUGUCCACCGAUUCUGAAGAGGCGGUCAGGAGGAUUCGUGGCUUUGGAGAAUAUUGUGCCAUGUUCAGAAAAAAGAGAAAUGUUGAAAGAAGGACAUUUUAAUACAAUAGUUUUAUAUGACAGCGACACAACAGAUCUGACUCUGUCUUCCAAAGACUCGAAUUUAUAUUCCGUCCUCAAAAGCCUUCGACAACAAGUGGAAAACUGUCAAGCUGUCUACAUUCAAGGUGGCUUUGACGAGUUCAGCACCAGCUACCCACACUUGUGUGACAUCCAGGGCUCCAUUUGUCGACAGACACUUUGUGUUAACCCAAGCGUACCUUCAUCAAAGAUGGCAUUUGUACAGGGGGAACCAGUCGAGAUUCUACCAUAUCUAUUCCUUGGCAACUCCCAGCAUGCAUCACAGUUUGAGCUGCUGGAGAGACUCGGCAUAACAUCGCUGAUUAAUGUGUCAACGUCUUGCAGGAAUCACUUUGAAGAGAAGUUUACCUAUAUGAAUAUACCCCUAGAUGACAAUGAUACUGCAGAUUUAGCAGCAUGGUUUACAAGAAGCAUUACUUUUAUAGAUACGGUAAAGGAGCAGUCUGGUAGGGUGUUAGUUCACUGUCACGCCGGCGUAAGUCGCUCCGCAACUAUCUGUCUCGCCUACCUCAUGUUCACCGCCAAAAUCGGACUCGAAGUAGCAUUUGAACACGUGCAGUCUCGCCGCAGUGUGAUUUCGCCAAAUCUGAAUUUCAUGCGACAGUUAAAGGCUUACGAAAGUGAACUAGGAGUGAUGUGUUUAUCGAGUGACUCCUCAGUGACCCCUUCAUCAUCAGGAGCGACCUCCACUUCCUCAGCAUCCUCUAUUGGCAGCUCAGAUUCAGUAUGUCCGGAAGAUGUCGUCAGUUCCGGCUCUCAUCCAGGGUUCAACUUUGCUCAGUGUCCGGACAGAGAAUUCUCCCGCCAACCUAAAUGUAUGGUCACUCCUAGUUCAUUUGACUUUUCCUUCCCAUGUCCACCAAGUGCUCCUCUUCUCUCUCCCAGUUAAGUCCUUGUGCCCUUGGAACUUGUAAUGGAUUGAUUGGCUAGCGAAAGUGGUCACUCUCAAUUUCUCUGUUAACGAAUGGCUAAUAGUAGCUGCUCUUCCCAGUCACAGUUGGUGACCAGUGGAUCGCUAGAUCUUCACCCAGUCAGCUAUUGACUGGGGGAUCUCUAGAUCUCCUCCCUGUCAGCUAUUGGCUGGGGGAUCUCUAGAUCUCCUCCCAGUAAGCUAUUUGCUGGGGGAUCUCUAGAUUUCCUCCCAGUCAGCUAUUGGCUGGGGGAUCUCCAGAUCUCCUCCCAGUUAGCUAUUGGCUGGGGGAUCUCUAGAUCUCCUCCCAGAAAGCUAUUGGCUGGGGAAUCUCUAGAUCUCCUCCCUGUCAGCUAUUGGCUGGGGGAUCACUUGAUUUCCUCCUAGUCAGCUAUUGGCUGGGGAUCUCUAGAUCUCCUCCCAGUAAUCUAUUGGCUGGGGGAUCUCUUGAUUUCCUCCUAGUCAGCUAUUGGCUGGGGGAUCUCUUGACCUCCUCCCUGUUGUCUAGUGACUAGCUAUGUGGAUUUCUAAAUCUUCUUCCUGUCUGCAAUUGGCUAACUGGGGGAUCUCUUAGACAUCCUCCAUUUCAAUUACUGAUAAUCUUAAAUUCUCCUCUGUGUCAGCUUUUAGCUAACUGGGGGACCUCUUGAUUGACUCUUAGCCAAUAAUUGGCUAACUUGCGUGGGGGAUCGCUAGGUCUUCUCCCUGUUUAACAAGUUCUCUGGAACAACUGUCUGUUAGGUAUUGACAGUCUGACAAGUCCUCUAGGUCUUCUCCUUUUCACCUUCUGGCUAGCUGAGCUACAAUUUAGCCAUGGUCCUUCUCUCCUAUAACCCUUUCACCACUGUUGACCAAAAUGGACUCGUCAAGAUCAAUGUAUGGUAGAGUCUACUAAAGUAACCAAGGGGUGAAAGGGAUCAACUAUAAGCACAGUUGAAUGAUAAUUCACCCAAUAUUUCAAAACAACUGAAUCUUUGUUACAAAUGUUUAUUUUGUUUUUAAUGUUUUUGAUGAUUAUUUGUAUGUUUACCAUAGUUGACCUAGCAAGCACCUGUGUGCUGUUUAGAGAAAUUAGAAUGAUUACAGAACUUUCCAAUAUUCUAAAUAUAGUUGCCAUCAAAUAGACAUUUUUUCAAGCAAGUUGAUAAACUUGGAUUCUGGUGAAGGGAGGAGUCUCCCUUAGGUGGGCAGUUACUAGCUCAGAUAUGGUAAUAGGACAAUUUACUCAUCACAAGUAAUCAUCACAGAUUUGUUCCAUUUUUGUUGACUUUGUUGUUUAUUUAUACAUAAGUGCUCUAUUUUCAAUUCUUUGCAUUGUGCCAUCUGACCAUAUUUUUUUUUACUUUUUAUUCUAGCAAAAGUAGGCUUUGAAAUCCUCCCUUCAUUUAGAUAUUGUUUGUAUGUUAUACUUUACCUGAUGUUGAAACAACACAUUUCACUACAUUUUGAUUUGCUACCUGUAUGUCAUUAUUCUGAUCACUUGGAAAUUAUCAGCUCAUAAUAAUAGUAAUUUUUAUGGUACACAGUGAGCUCAAAUAUCUAAAGAAUAUAUUCAUUUUGAAUCAAUUAUACACAUAAUAUGUGUGUCUUUUGUUUUUUUCUCACAAAUUGAAAUUCUGGUAUAUAUUGUUGUACGAAGCAACAUAAAAUAAGCAAUAUUGCAAAAUAGAUCUGUCGUAGUGGGAACAAAUGCCUGAUUUCUUGUUGUAGCGGGAAAUGUAGUUGUUUUUGUUUAUUUCAUUUUUUUUGCUUGUUGAGACAUGUAUAAUAUUUUUGCUUAUCUAUAGUUGACUGUUACAUUGAACUUGUUGAUUAAUAGAAUUCAUGCCAAAGAAAAUUAUUUUGAUUUGUAUUUAAUACAUGUUAUUGAAAUGUUGAGUCUUUAUACAUACAUAUAUAUAUGUUGAAAUUUACAUGUGAUAAAUAUCAGUGGGGGGAGGGCAAUUGUAUAAUUUGUAACAGUUCUUUGAAAUGGGUUAAAACUUCUAGAUAUGGCUCUCAUCCAGGAUAUUUAUUCAAAAGAAGGAGUGGGGCUGAAUACAUAGCAGAAAUAUUGAUUAUCUAUAAUACCCAGGAGUAAAUGUAGUUUAGCUAGAAGCUUCAUAUUGAUAGUCAUAAGUGAUGUCUAGGACAGACGACACCAAACGAGACAUUUUUUAGAUUUAGUAACUGCUAUGAUUUCAAUAUAAAUAAAAUGAGAAAUUGUGUAAGCCAUAAUCUAUUUUAUACAUUAUUUCUAUGGUUUGUGUAAAAUAAUUUAAAAUGAUUCUAGUCCAUGGCUACAUCUGUUAUAUAUAACAUCGGUGUACCGUAAAUAGGACAGUGCCAUAAAAAGGAUGCUCGAUAUGGGGACUUCACGAUACGUUUAUGUCAAUUCAACUGUAAAUCGGCUUUAUUGACUGUUGAUAAUGGUCACACUAAGGUUUGAAAUAUUUUUUCUUAAUUUCUGUGCCAUGUGACGCUGUCUAUUUGGAUGUCAUUUUCAGAAACUUAUUUUUUCAAACUUUUGCUAGUUAGGAGAAUAAAAUUGAUCAGAACCUCAUUUGAGUCUAAAAUAUUCUAACUAAGUGUAAUUUUCUACUUAUAUCGACAGUAUCCACAGUAUUGGCCAAAAUAUCACAGUGACACUUUCAGGUGCAGAUUCAUUUAUUCAAGAGCCUAUGUUACCCUAAUUAUUUAAUAGUAUUUUGCAUUCUAUUUAUAGAACCAUGUGCCAGAAAUAUCAACUUGUAAUAAAAAAUUAAAGUGGAUGAUGCCUUUUCAUGAAAAUUGGACAAACAUUUUUGGAAUUAAUACUAUAGUUUAGACUACAUCAAUAUUUAACUAAAAUGUGACCUGUUUUGGGUACAGUGAUGAUAGAUUUCAGGAAAGUUAAUUUAAGGCAACAUGUGCCCUUAAACUCAUAAAAUACAAAAAAUUAGGCCAGUCAGGAUGAAAAGCAUUAUUUAUUGUCGGUUAAUUAAGGCAAGAAAAAAUUUCAGAAAUUUGUUAGAUUCUUUAAAGAAACAUAGGGUUUAAUAGAAGAAUUAAAUUCAAUUAUUUUGUAUAGAUUACAAACACAGUUGUAUUAUAAAAAAAAUGGAUAUAUUUCCAUAUUUUAAAAAACGAAUGAUAUCUUUCCAUAUUAUAAAAAAAGGAUAUAUCCUUCCAGUGUAUAGAUUAUUGAAAGUUCCUUAAAAUGUUGCCCAAUCCUAAUCCCUUUUCUGGAUAUACCUUUUGUGUAUAACAUCUAUGACAUCAUGUUUUUUUUAUACUUUAAACAGGUAUAUGUUAAAAAAAAAUAACACACAAAAAAAAGACCAAAAAAAACAGGAAUUUUAAUUAUGUUAUUAAAUAUCAUACAUUCUAUAUCAAAGACAGUGGCCAGAGUUGUCUUUCCUCAGUCAUGCUGUUCUGGUACAUAGCAUUUUAUGCCUGUGAACCAAACCAUAUAAGGUUUUUACUUGUAAAUAAAAUGAACAAUUACAUGUUAUGCAUUCACUUGUGAAUGAGUUGCACACAAGUUCCAGUAAGUUGUACGUACUAGGGACCUGUGAACCAGCUAUCGAUGUCGUACGUACUAGGGACCUGUGAACCAGCUAUCGAUGUUGUACGUACUAGGGACCUGUGAACCAGCUAUCGAUGUUCUGGAUAUCAGUUGUGAUAAAGUUAUCACCCCUUCAUAACUACAUGUAUACAUGUAUGCAUGUCAUUACUUCCAAAGACUAAAAGACAAAUGUAGUUUUUUCUUGUUUUUCUAGAUAAUCCUUUUUUUCUGGAGAUAUAACACGUUAACAUGGUGCUUGACUUAAUUAAAUCAUUUAAACAGUUUUGAAGAUACAAUGUGUUAUAUUAGAAAUUUCUGUUGGCCCGACUGUUGAACAUUCUAAUUGAUCCCUGAUGGUGCAGUGUUUUACCUUUAUUUAUUUCUCCCAGCCCUGAUGAUACAUAAUCAUUUUUGGCCAACGUCGUUAGAUGAUGUGAUGUUCCAAUCGCCCGUUGUUUGUGGUCCCUCCAUCCGUUCUUAUAAAUAGUUCUUGUUAUCAUUAUUUCUGAAGUAGUUCUUGAUGGAUCUAACUCAGAUCUAAUAUGAACAUACCCCUUAGUCUGCAGUUGUGCAUGGAUUAUUUAAAUAAAUAAAACAUAUAUUUUGAAAUGAUGGAAAAAACAAGAUGGCCACAAUGUAACCAUCUUGGAUUAUGAAAAAUCAAGUUUGUUAACGCUAUUUCUCAAGUAUAUGUGAUCAAAUGAUCUUUCUUGAAUUUCAUUUGAAGCUUUGCUUUGGUCCUUAGUUGUGCAUACUCAGUUUUGAGACGGAUCAGGAAAGUAAGAUGGCUGCCAGGCAGUCAUUUUGAAUUUGAUAGGUAAAGUUUGUUGUUGCUAUUUCCCAAAAAGUACCUGAUAGAUCUUCUUUUUUUUUAAUUCAUAUGUGGGUAGAUUUUUAUUGUAUAAGUAAGUUCUCCCUGGUCAAUACUUCUACAUAUUUUCUUUUGAGCUUCAGGCUGUUUGAUCAAAAUAAAUUAAGGCUGCGAGAGAAAAGAAAACUCUCGUUUAAUUUUUCACACAUUGUCAACCUAUCAUCAUGUGGUAUGAACAUUGUCUGGUGAGUCAGCAAAAAGUUUCAAUGAAAUGUUAAGAUUAAAAGAAAGCGCAAGUUGUAUAAGAUUUCAUAUGUAUUUUGUGUUCCUUUUCUUCAAGUACAUGUAUUAAUAUCAAAAAUAAAUGCUUUAAUUACCGUUACAAUUUUUACAAUUUUUGAAAAUACAUUUUUGGUAUGUUAACAAGAUUUAAACCAAAUUAUAUGUCCUAGUAGAAACAGGUGAAUACACCAUAAUACCAAAACAUACUCUCUCUACACCCUUGUGAUAUAUCAUGACAAAAUUGAAGGCUCUUUCAGCGACACCUUGAGGAUGAUAACAGUAGGCUAGUCUGAUGUCCUUGAUGAAGAUUGAAGAAUCGCACAGCACCAUCAGGUGAAAUCAACAGGUUUUGUCCUUUGAUGCUGCUCCUCUGUAACCUUAAAAGGAUAGGUAUCAUCCCAGCAAUUUGUCAGGUUUUGUACCAAAUAGCUUACUGUGAGCCCUCCAUUUUGUCAUGACAUAUUUCCAGGGUUCAGAAAGAUAUGUAUAUCAAGAAUAGAACCCUAUGCUUUGAGGAGGCUCUCCUGGGGGCGGAAGGGCUGGGACAAAAGUGGUCAAUUAGACAGAUUUUACUUAAAUUACAUAUCCUACCAAAGUACUUGGCAGAUUUCAACCGUGGUAGCACGCUGAAUCUGUGGGAAUCAAAACUGAAACAAAUGUUUAGAGCUGGCCCUACUGAGGGGUGGGGUAAAAGGUGCCAAAUUGAUGUAUUUUUAGCUUUAAAUGACAUCACCUCUCAAACUACUGGCAGAUUUCAUCCAACAUGCUUAGCCCUAGCUACAAAUAAAGGGGAUGACUCUGCUGGAGGCUGAGGGUCUGGGUAAAAUGGGACAAAUUGGCUAUUUUAUUUCAUUGCCAUCUUUUCCCUAACUACUGGAUAUUUUAUAUUGCCAAAUUGUAGCGGUAGCAUGCUUGGUAACAAUAGGAUCAAUACUUCAGUAUACAAAUAAAGAGGAUGGCCCUCCUUGGGGGCUGAGGAUCUGUGUUAUAAAAAGACAGUUUACUUCCUCAACUACUCGGCAAGUUUUACAGAAUAGUAGUCGCAGCAAUCUUAGCUCACGAGAAUCGAAACUUAAACAUACCUUAAGAGCUUAACCUACUGUGGGACUGAGGGGUGGGGUUAAACGAUGUCAAGUUGACUUGCUUUCAUUGAACGACGCCUCCCAAAUCUCUGGAUAGAUUUCAACCAAAUUUGAAUAAUAACAUGCUUAGCCCAUAAGGAAUAAAUAUGAUACAAGUAAAGGAGCUUGCUAUCUAACGAACUGAGGGUAGGAAUCAAAAAGGGUUGAAUUUGAAGAUUUGCUUUAAAUGACCUCUCCUCCCAAAUAAUUGAGCAUGUGUUAACCAAACUGUUGUAGUAGUGUCCUAAGCCCAUGGAGAUCAAACGAUAUUCAGAUAAAUUGCUUACCAUUACCAGGGGCUCACCUCCCUGACUGCUUGGUAGAUUUCAACUUCAUUUCCAAGGUAACCAGGGGAACUGUUCAGGGCCCUUAAGUUACUGAGUUUACAGCCAUCAUUGACAUAAACUCAGUAAAAUUCAGAUUAAACCUUCUUUGAACGAACAGCAUUCCUUUUUGAAUUGCAGAUUGUGUCGAUUGAACCUCACUGUUCAGCGCUGUAAUUUAUGUUGCGGUCAUACUUCCAUGGUUUUGUUCCUAGAACAAAAUUCAUGUGGUAAAUAAUUCGGCAUAGAACUGUAAAUUGUCAAUAUUCAAGCUAUAACACUUUAUGACAAGGACAACAAGUUAGCGAUUUAUUAGUUGCCUACUCUUCGUGUUAUGAAUUAUCAAACAUAGAACCUGCUGCAAAUUGAAGCACUAUACAGUAUUAACAGUUAAACCUGUAGAUAUUUGUGAUUGGUCGAACCGAGUUUAGUUACCAUAGCAACUCAAGUAUAUGAGUCUGGUCUAUAAUGAAUGGUGCAUAGUAUUAACCAGAAGUUGUAAAUACAAACGUAUUAGUGACUGUGUGAUCCUUUAUAGUGAGCGAGGUAUUUUGAUAGUUGCUUGUAUGUAACGGUGAAGUUUAUGACCCAUGGACAUUUCAUUUAGUAUAAAAUGGUUAUGUUGAUUAGUUGACCCUGAAAUAUAUUUCUAUGAUUUUGUUUAUUAUGAUUAAGUAAAUCAAUUAAUGUGUUUUAUUGAGAUAAGAAUACAUGUUUUUCUGUUCCAUUUCAUUUUUGUUAAAAUCAUCAGUGAUGAUUGUUUCCCUUAUUUAAAAAAGCCGGUAUUAAUUUAUCAGAUGAGGAAGAUAAAUUAAGACAUAUUAUUUUAGUCCAGAAUAUUAUAGUCAAGAAAUAAGAUUUUGUUUGAGAUAAGUUAAGAAAAUCGUGUUCCUUAUGGAGAAGAGUUUUGAAAUAUGAGCAUUUGAAAUGCGUGUAUGCAAAUGUUGCACAUGUAGUGCCCUUAUUAAUCUAAACCGACAAUUCAUUGGGAUAACUUUUUUUUUUCAAUCUUCAUUAUUUAACCAUAUUUACUAAUUUAUCAUAAUCAAAAUUAGACAAAGAGUUCCAUCCCACCUGAGGCUGUUCCAAAAGACACUGCACAGCAAUUAGUUUUUGUGUUUUAUGUGCCGUGGAUCGGCCGGAGUUGAUUGUUUUUCUGCUUUGUAUUAUAGAAAGGGGUUCCUUGGCCAGUGGGGGAUCGUUACUGUGUUAAUCUAACUUGAGUCUGUUUGUUAGUUUAACAUUGUAAUAAUGUCACAUUGUAAGUUGAACAUUGUAAUAAUGUCACAUUGUUAGUUUAACAUUGUAAUAAUGUCACAUUGUUAGUUUAACAUUGUAAGAAUGUCACAUUGUAAGUUGAACAUUAUAAUAAUGUCACAUUGUAAGUUGAACAUUGUAAUAAUGUCACAUUGUUAGUUUAACAUUGUAAUAAU